CCGGGAAUUACUAAUUAAUCGAAAAAAUAUUGCCUCCACUAAAGAACAGAAGUUUUCGACUCUCGAAAAAAAAUGAAAAACAAAACUAGCCCAAAGAUAAAUUUUGCUUUGUGAAAACAAGAACCCUCAGAAGUUUUGGGGAAAAAACUUUUUAUGUGUGGCAAAAGUUUUUAAAUUUACCCGGUGUUUCUUCUUUGUUUACAUCAUUACGAAUUGCGGGAAAAAAAAAAAAAAAAAUGUUUGGCCUAUAACGAACUCAAAACACCUAGGAGAACAGCAAUCGGGAGUUUCAAUAAGUUUUCCGAGCGAAAAGUUUGCGCGAAAGUUUGAAAUAAAAUUCUUAAUUACGAUCUAGUUAAGCGGAAACACAGAAAAAUUUACCAACCAAUUGAAACUUUGGAUUGUUGACAUGUGUUGAGUGAAGUAGUUUGGCUUCGAGAACAAAAACUACACAUAAACUUUCUACCUUUCGAUCAAAAUGAAGGCAAAGCAAUUAAUAGUUGUCAUCGAACCAGAUCAAUUAAAAUAGUGUGUCAGCUCACAAUUAAAGUUAAAGAAGUGAUCAAGUGAAGUGAAGUACAAUUGAAGAAAUCAAGUGUUAAUAAUUCCAAAGAACAAAACAAAUAUUUAAUGAUGGCUGCAGAAACUACAGAUAUGGAUUAUAUAGUGAGCACCGGUGGUGGCAAUUUGUCAACCUCUACCGCAGCUACAUUCAUCACAACUCUGGGGGAUUCUAAUUCCACGGAUAGUAAUUCAAGUGGAUUUGCAACGGAGAUGGAUUCCGAGGAAGCAACUGGCGAGGAUGAUGAAAUGCUGAAGAUAGCAUUCUUUAUUGGGGAUUUCGUGCAUCAGUACUAUAUCCCCGUGGUCUGCUGCACGGGCAGCAUUGGGAAUAUCCUGUCCGUGUUUGUAUUCUUUAAAACCAAAUUGAGGAAGCUCUCCUCGAGUUUUUACCUGGCCGCUUUGGCCGUGAGCGAUACUUGCUUUCUGGCCGGACUUUUUGCCCAGUGGCUGAACUUCCUCAACGUGGACAUCUACAACAGGAACUACUUCUGCCAGUUUUUCACCUUCUUCAGCUACUUGGCCAGCUUCUGUUCCGUGUGGUUCGUGGUUGCCUUUACCGUGGAGCGAUUUAUUGCAGUUAUUUAUCCACUGAAGCGACAAACAAUGUGCACUGUUCGCCGGGCAAAAAUCGUGCUCUUUUGCUUGACCAUGGUCGGAUGUCUUCAUUGCCUGCCCUACAUUCUGAUUGCCAAGCCGGUCUUUGCUCCAAAAUUAAACGCCACCAUUUGCGAUCUCAACAGCGAAUACAAAGAACAAAUGUCGCUCUUCAACUACUGGGACUCGAUUGUCGUCUAUGCGGUGCCCUUCACCACCAUCGCCGUUCUGAACACCUGUACGGGUUGCACGGUGUGGAAGUUCGCCACCGUUCGCCGAACGCUGACCAUGCACAAGAUGAAGCCGCAGACCAACAGCAUGCCAUCGAACUCGUCGAACUCAUCCGGAGCGGCAUCUGCAGUGGCCUCUUACCGCAUUUCAGCAUCGCUGAAGCGCCAGAAGUCGACGGGAAGUCAUCCAAGUGGACAGCACAAUGUGGCCACCAGGCAGUCGGAUGAGCAGCAGCAGCAGCAAACCAACAACCAGCAACCACAACAGCACCAGCAGCAGCAACAACAGCAACAGCAGCAACAUCAAAUAAACAAUUGCCAACACCACAGUGAGAUUACCCAGAAGCCAGCUCGCCGCAAGGUACAAAACUCAUCGCAGAUCAAGGUAACCAAAAUGUUGCUUAUUGUCUCAACGGUUUUCGUCUGCCUCAAUUUACCCAGCUGCCUGCUGCGCAUUGAGGCCUAUUGGGAGACGGAAUCGUCCAGAAACGAGAAUUCAACAAUUGCCCUGCAAUAUAUUUUUCACGCUUUCUUCAUCACAAAUUUUGGCAUCAAUUUCGUGCUUUACUGCGUCAGCGGACAGAAUUUUCGUAAAGCCGUAUUGAGCAUUUUCCGGAGGGUUUCAUCCGCUCAACGGGAGGCGGGAAACACCCAAGUAACAGUUUCCGAAUAUUGUCGCAACACUGGCACCUCCACACGGCGUCGCAUGAUGACGCAGCAUUGUUGGAACGAAAUGCACGAGUUGCAUCCACUCAAGUGAAUUGCAGAGCUUACAGGAAAAUUAAACUUAGAGGCACCGAAACGCCAACGGAAAACGGGAAAUUGCGAAAAACGCCGCGGGAUAAGCAGGAAUUUCGUUUUUAAUUAGAUUUCAGAAAACAAAAGAUAUUUAUAAGAGCAAGAGGAAACAUGUGUUUGUGAUGUUUGUCAAGGCCAAGCAAAUUAAAAUGAAAAACAGAAAUCAAAAUUAUAAAUGUACUGUAUACACCGCAUUACAUUUACUUAAGUGUUUAAAUAACCAUAAAGUAGUAAAUUCAUUAACUUUUGUUUGCUUCCGAAAUUGAAUGCCUAUUACAGAGUCGAUUAAAGAGGACCUAAUCAAAUUCAAAUUCGCACGCAAAACUUAAUUAAAACCUUACCACAGAAACACAAUUUUAAAAUGUCAAACAUUAAACCCCAUAGAAUAAAUAAACGAAAAUGUAUUUCUGUCUAACCAACCAGCGCAAAAAUAUAUACACGUAAUAAAUGUUAAUUUCGUUAAAUGAAAGCCCGAAAGAGUGCGUUUUGAUUGGAUUCCCCCGUUUGCCACAAGGACCAUUUAAACCAUUUUCCAAUUGACUAAAUCUGAUAAUCAAACUUAAAUUGCGAAUUACUGAAUAUUAUUGCGGAAUUGGGCAGCUAAGUCUUGUCUACCGAUGCAUACGCAAUGUGAGGGAUGUAUUAUCUUUUCAACUUUGCAGGAACCAUUUUCAACAAUGGAAAACAUAAACUUCAUCAGCUUAGUGCAAAAGGCAGAAAAAAGGUCAAAAGGUGGCUUUUCAGGUGGGUGGAUUACAUUUUUGUGCAAAUAACUUUGCAAAAAGGCAAGUUCAAGUGCAAGCAUUGAAAUUGAGCUAAUUACAAAUAAAGCAGAUUGGUCGCCUUCAAAAACCCUUCUGGGAAAAA